GCCGGAGCUGCAGCCGCCGCCCGCCCGUCGCAGCGCCGGCGCUGCCGCGGUGCCCGGCAGGGAAGAUGGCGCCGUCCCACGUCCUCAAGUGCUGCCAGAAGGUGCUGGCCUGGGUGCCCGUGGCCUUCAUCGCCCUGGUCGUGGCCUGGUCCUACUACGCCUACGUGGUGGAGCUGUGUGUGUUUACCAUUUCUUCAACUGUCGAAAAAGUUGUCUACCUUGUAGUUUUUCAUCUGUCAUUUGUCAUGUUUGUAUGGUCCUAUGGGAAGACAAUUUUCACCUCUCCUGCAACCCCCUCUAAUGAGUUCUCCUUGACAAAACUUGAUAAAGAACAAUAUGAAAAAGAAACGAGACCAGAAAUCCAGCAGGAGAUUUUAAGAAGAGCUGCCAAAGACUUGCCUAUCUAUACGACAACAGCAUCGAGAGCAAUCAGAUACUGUGAUCGAUGCCAGCUGAUCAAACCUGACCGCUGCCACCACUGUUCUGCCUGUGACGUAUGUGUAUUAAAAAUGGACCACCACUGUCCAUGGGUGAAUAAUUGUGUGGGAUUUUCUAACUACAAAUUCUUCCUCCUGUUUUUAAUGUAUUCCUUACUGUACUGUUUGUUUGUUGCUGCUACAGUCUUGCAGUACUUCAUAAAGUUUUGGACAAAUGAAUUGCCAGAUACCCAUGCAAAGUUCCACGUACUGUUCCUUUUCUUUGUGGCAGCCAUGUUCUUCAUCAGCAUACUGUCACUCUUCAGCUACCACUGCUGGCUAGUUGGCAAAAACAGAUCAACUAUAGAAACAUUCCGUGCACCCACAUUUCGAAACGGUCCUGAUAAAAAUGGCUUUUCUCUUGGAUGCAGCAAAAAUCUAAGGGAGGUUUUUGGAGAUGAAAAGAAGUAUUGGUUACUUCCUAUCUUUACCAGUUUGGGAGAUGGAUGUACUUUCCCAACUCGUUUGGUGAUUAUGGAUCCAGAACAACUUGCAGUCUCGAGCCAAAAUGAACCUGCCAAAAGCUCUGUCACCACUCGACCACUCAGUGAAUCACAAAAUCGGUUGCUGUCUGGUGAUUGUCAGUGGGUGGAAACUGGCCCUGAAGAGGAAAAUGUGAAAUCAGGUUUCUGCAACCCAUUUUGAGCUUGAAUAUUACUUAAUUUUGUUUGGAAGAAGUUGAGCAGGAAAAAAUGGAACAUGAACAUUUUAGGAAGAGAUAAGAAAUUCAAGUUUCUGCACAGUACAAUGGAUUCUUGUAAGCACUAUUGCAGACCAGGGAAGUUAAGACAGAUGCCUUAAGAUUCUUAAUGUGCAUUUAUGCAACACUGAAUUACAUACUGCUACCAAAGGGCCAGAUCCAGAAGUGCCCUGCUUGGAUGCACAAGGUCCAGAGUGGGAACUAUGCAUUUCUUUUAUGCUGCAGUGGUGGGGGUAAAUUGCAGAGACUCUUACCUCCUCACGGGCAAACUUCAUACCUUAGGCACUGCAGAAGUCACUUCCAUAGCAGGUCUCCAGAGCACAGAAGGAAAGAAAAAAGGAAAAGGAAGAAAAAAAAAAGUCAGCCUAGAGCAUGGUCAGCAAGUCUGAAGUGGGAGUAUACAUAGUUCAGAUGCCAGAUGUUGGGGAAGGGACUGGAUGAUGUCUUCUCCUCUCUUCCUAUUAACCAGUCUACCCCAUGAUCACAGCUCUCCAAGUCUUUUGGGACUGAGGUUUCCUUCUACUAGCUGUGCUUUGGAGCUAGGCAAUGCCAACAACAUAAAAGCCUUUAACUUGGGUGUUGCUUUUUUGCUAUAGGAUUGAGCUUCCUCAUCAUUUUAACUUGAUUUAUUUAACUAUACCAAGGACAGAGCUCAAAGAAGAAAACUUGGGUUUUAGUUGAAAAAAAGAUGGAUUAUUACUUUCCAACAAUUGUCAGUCAGCAUACAAGGAAAAGACAGUCCAAAAAGAAAUUAACAGUUCUUACAUUUUCUGUUACUGUUUGCUGUGUUCUGUGUAAGGCAGCAACAAAAUGGUCAAGUACCCCUGAGAAAAAUCAUAUUGCAGUUGUGUGUUUCUAGAGACAGAACCAGCAGAGUACUGCUUUUUCCAUGGGUUUAUAAAUACUGUUUUAUACUUUUGUUUUAUCUUUUUAAUAAAGGCACAAGGUUUUAUUGGUUCUAAAGUACAAAUAUCAGGUACUUAAGAUUAGUGUUAGAUCAUAGAUCUGUGUUAGCACACUGAAAAAUUGCAUCCUUUAGUCUCCCACUUCCAAGUCCAGUUUAAGUGAUGCUGAAAUUGCUAAAGACUGAUGGCUUUGUGCAGCAAUGUACCUGCUUACAAAAGGCAAAAUGUGUUUCCUGUGUGAGAAAUCAAGUCCAUCCCAUUCUUGGCUCAAGACCUACAGCAAACAACAUGGGGUUUUUUUUCCUCACUUCUCUACAGAGAAGACUGCUAACUCAUCUUUGGGUGGUAUUGGAAUUUUGCACCUGGAAAAAGUGGCAAAUACUAUUUUUCUGUCUGUAAGAUUUCUGAUGUUCCGCUGCUGCUGAUUACAAAGAGACAUGAGCCCUUUUGAUACAGACUGAAGGUAGUAGUUAAAUUGAUGAUCUAGUCCAAAAAAACCUGUUUGGUUUGUCUCCCAGACUGAUUGCUACUUGAGUUAAAUAUGUUAAUGAUGGAAAUACUAAGGUAUCAAGUAUACUGUAAGGUUUAAAAUAAGUAUUUUUUGUCUUUGGAUAUAAUAAAUUUUUCUUAAAUAUUAA